AGAAAGGUUUGUGCUGGUGAAAAAUGUUUUCUACAAACACUGGAAAAUUUGUGGCAGAAAAGACGGACGGUGAUGACACAAACGAAAUCGGCUAUCGACAGUCCAGGGAAAAUGAUCAAAUCGAUCAGAAGUAUGGUUUUGAGCGAGUGAAAGAUACAUUGGAGCGUACGGGUUAUCUUAUCAACAUACAUUCGACGGAAAUAUUGAACGAGGAUCGACGUUUGGUUGCGGCUUUGGACAUGUACUUUCUCCAAAUGGAUGGUAGCAGGUACAAAACGACCGUCAUCUAUGCUCCAUACCUUCUUUUGAUUACCCGUGAAGGGCACACGCUGGAAGUGGCGAAGUUUCUGAGUAAAAAAUAUUCCGGUCAGCUGCUGAACGUGGAACACAUUCAGAAGGAAGAUCUCGACCUACCAAACCACCUAAGUGGGCUGAAGCAAAACUUGCUGAAACUGUCCUUCCACAAUACAACACAAAUGAACAAAGUAAAGCGUGAUCUAAACAACGCGGUGCGUAAAAAUCGAGAACGGGAGAAAGCAAACACUUACUACAUGCAAAUGCUUAGCACUUCGCUCUCAACGGCGAUCCGUUUCGAUGCCAACGAUGGCGAAGGUAGCACUUCGAAUCAAAAUGUGGACUUCUAUGACUACAUAGAGGAUAUGCGUGAACAUGAUGUACCGUACCAUGUGCGCGUAUCGAUUGAUUUGAACAUUUUCUGUGGCACCUGGUACACCGUUCGCUGCCGUGGGAGCGAAGAACAACCGAUCAUUACGCCACGACCCGAUAUUUUGGACCGUCCCGAGCCAGUCGUUCUGGCGUUUGAUAUCGAGACCACCAAACUGCCGCUAAAAUUUCCUGACGCUCAAACGGAUCAGAUCAUGAUGAUCUCGUACAUGAUCGACGGCCAAGGCUAUCUGAUUACCAACCGCGAGAUCAUCAGCAACGAUGUGGACGACUUCGAAUACACACCCAAGCCCGAGUUCGAAGGAAAUUUCAUUGUUUUCAACGAACCGACCGAACGAGGUCUGUUACAGAAAUUCUUCGAUCACAUCCUAGACGUUAAACCACACAUAUUCGUAACAUACAACGGAGACUUCUUCGAUUGGCCCUUCGUCGAGGCACGCGCGGCAGUGUACGAUCUGGAUAUGCGGCGCGAGAUCGGGUUCUCGAAGGUAAACGGCCGCGAUGGAAACUAUCUGUGCAGACCGGCGAUGCACUUGGAUUGCCUUUGCUGGGUAAAACGCGAUUCAUACUUACCGGUUGGUUCGCAAGGUUUGAAGGCGGUAGCAAAGAGUAAGCUACGCUACGAUCCGGUUGAAUUAGAUCCGGAAGAAAUGUGCCGCAUGGCGGUAGAACAACCGCAAGUGUUGGCGAACUAUUCGGUUUCUGAUGCAGUGGCAACCUACUAUCUAUACAUGAAGUACGUGCAUCCGUUCAUCUUUGCACUGGCGACAAUUAUUCCUAUGGAACCGGAUGAAAUUCUUCGCAAGGGAUCCGGCACGUUGUGUGAAUCGCUGCUAAUGAAAGAAGCAUUCAAGGUUGACAUUGUGUUUCCUAACAAACAGGUUUCGGAGCUGAACAAACUCAGCUCCGAUGGGCACGUGCUCGACUCUGAAACGUACGUUGGAGGCCACGUCGAAGCGCUGGAAUCGGGUGUUUUCCGGGCCGACAUCAGUACCCGUUUUCGGCUUGACCCGGAAAUGAUUCGGCAACUGCAAACCAAUGUAGACAAAGUACUGGAACAUGCAAUCGUCACCGAGGAGGGCGUUCCGCUUUCCGACGUCGUCAAUUUCGAUGAGGUCAAAGCGGCAAUUCUGGCCGCUUUGCAGCAACUGCACGAUAUUCCCACCCGACUCGAACAGCCUGUUAUCUACCACCUCGAUGUUGGAGCCAUGUACCCGAACAUCAUCCUCACAAACCGUCUUCAGCCGUCAUCGAUGGUUAACGAGGCUGACUGCGCCGCUUGCGACUACAACAAACCGGAUGCUCGUUGCAAGCGAGAUAUGGAAUGGUUGUGGCGCGGUGAAAUGCUCCCCGCUAGCCGUAAUGAGUUCCAGCGCAUCCAACAGCAGCUGGAAACGGAAAAAUUUCCACCACUUUUCCCGGGAGGACAGCAGCGUGCCUUCCAUGAGCUGUCUCGUGAAGAUCAGGCGAACUACGAGAAAAAACGGCUUUCCGACUAUUGCCGCAAGGCGUACAAGAAAACCAAAGUGACACGGCUUGAAACGCGCACAUCCACCAUCUGCCAGAAGGAAAACAGUUUCUACGUUGAUACGGUGCGCGCAUUCCGUGACCGGCGCUACGAAUAUAAAGCCCUCACCAAAGGUGCCAAAGCGGCCGUUACGUCGGCGGUGAAGAGUGGCGAUGCGGGAGAAAUUAAAGCCGCCAAGGGACGCGAGGUGCUGUAUGAUUCGUUGCAGCUGGCGCACAAAUGUAUCCUCAAUUCUUUCUACGGCUACGUGAUGCGUAAGGGUGCACGCUGGCAUAGUAUGCCGAUGGCCGGCAUAGUCUGCCUGACUGGCUCGAAUAUCAUCACCAAAGCGCGUGAAAUCAUCGAACGUGUCGGACGACCGUUGGAGCUCGACACGGAUGGAAUCUGGUGCAUUUUGCCGGCAUCCUUCCCGCAAGAGUUUACGGUUCGUACAAAUCACCAGAAGAAAAAAACUAUCAACGUGUCCUACCCGAAUGCUGUGCUCAACACGAUGGUAAAGGAUCACUUCACGAACGAUCAGUACCACGUGCUCGAGCGGCCAUAUUCAAGCGAUGGCUCUGGAGCGAAGUAUUCUAUUCGCUCGGAAAACUCCAUCUUCUUCGAAGUGGACGGCCCAUACCUGGCAAUGGUGCUGCCGGCUGCCAAAGAGGAGGGCAAAAAGCUCAAAAAACGGUACGCCGUCUUCAACUUUGAUGGAUCGCUGGCGGAACUAAAAGGAUUCGAGGUGAAGCGCCGCGGUGAACUACAGCUGAUCAAAAUCUUCCAAUCGUCCGUGUUUGAGGCGUUCCUGCAGGGCGCCACGCUGGAGCAGUGCUAUGCCGCGGUUGCCAAAAUCGCUGACUACUGGCUGGAUGUACUGUACAGCAAGGGUCAUAACAUGCCCGACAGCGAGCUAUUCGAGCUAAUUUCCGAAAACCGCUCGAUGUCGCGCAAGCUGGAGGACUACGGCGAGCAAAAGUCCACCUCGAUCUCUACCGCAAAACGGUUGGCCGAAUUCCUCGGCGAUCAGAUGGUGAAGGAUGCCGGGUUGGCAUGUAAAUUUAUUAUCUCACGCAAACCGGAAGGGGCCCCUGUUACCGAACGGGCAAUCCCGUUGGCCAUAUUUCAGUCGGAGGUAAGCGUGCGGCGUCAUUAUUUGCGGCGCUGGCUCAAAGACAAUACCAUGGGCGAUGCGGACAUCCGGGAUGUGCUGGAUUGGAACUAUUACAUCGAACGCCUGGGAGGCACCAUUCAAAAAAUCAUUACCAUCCCCGCCGCCCUGCAAGGCUUAAAUAAUCCCGUUCCUCGAGUGCAGCAUCCGGAAUGGUUGCAUAAGAAGAUGCUGGAGAAAAAUGACAUACUAAAGCAACGUCGCAUAAGCGAGAUGUUUUCGGUUGCACCGAAACCGAUAGCUCCCGAGCAUGGAGCAGUGACCGAUGUGGAAGAUCUUGUUCGGAAACAGACCGGUUCCGGACCGGCGUCCGGCGUCCCAGUGACCCAUAAACGUCGCCGAGAGGGUUCUGACAAUCAGGCCGAAGAUAGUGAAGCGGAAUCUUCGGUAACGGUACCGAAAACAUGGCGCGAAGCACUCGGUAACCCUCCCAAUACAGGCACUACACGAAAGGAGUUGAUCGAGUGGUUGCAGUUUCAUAAGCGAAAAUGGAAAUGGCAGCUUGCACGUCGUGAUCGACACCAUCGUGAUGCACGCAACAGCAAAAAACUCCGAACGGAUGCGCUGGAACCCGCUGGAACCACCUUGCCGCCUACUAGAUCGGCCGCCACGUUGGGCGGAUUUCUGCGCAAAACGCAACGUUCAUUGAUCGAACAGAGCUGGCAAAUCAUUCAACUGUUGCCGGUCGACGAACUGGGCAACUUCACGCUAUGGGCGAUGGUGGGCGAUGAACUGCACAAAAUUCGCCUAUCCGUGCCGCGUAUCUUCUACGUAAAUCAGCGAACGCCAGCACCACCGGAAGAUGGCGGCUCUGGAGGUGGAGGGGUGGCAAAAUCGAUGUGGAAGAAGGUUCAUCGCAUGCUACCCCGGGCCCGCCCCGUUUACCAUCUCUACCAGUAUGUCGUGCCAGAGCAGGUAUUUCGCGACAAUAGGCUAGGUUUGCUAGCCGACCUGGCAACACCCGACAUCGAGGGCAUCUACGAGACUCAGAUGACACUCGAGUUUCGUGCCCUAAUGGAGCUGGGCUGCGUUUGUGCCGUGCAGCGAUCUGAAGCACGUACGUUGGCCGCACUGGCAACGAAAGAUCUCGACACGUUCAAUAUUCAGCAACUCGAAAUGCGUGGCUUCUCAAGCGGCAUCACGACCGCACCGUACCUAAAACCAGGUGCUUGUGGGGGAAAUUUGCGUAAAAUUUUCCUCUACCAGCACGUGUCCCCGACCGGGAAGCGUGAAAUGUGGGGCCUUUUCUCACCCGCCAGCAAAAAGGCGCUCGUAAUCGUGCUGGACACGGUGCGCACAAACCAACUUCCGACGGUGAAGAGUCUCUAUACCUCGGAACGGAUUGCGCUGCUGGCAGGUGGAGGUGGGGAUAGAACGGAAGAAGAAAUGCUCCCGCCGGUGGACAUGACAUUCGAGGUGUUCAUGGAAAUCGAUGCCAAGCAGGUGUACCAGCGAGUAACACGCGCCCUUGCCGCAUACCGAGAUGAAAAACGUGGACCUACGCUUCUGUGCCUGCAGACGGCGGUCGGUUUGCAAAAGAUCAACCAGCUGCUACCGGUAUGCCUCGAGUUCCCAGAAGUCCCCAUUCACAUCGCGGACGACGCAGCGCUACUGUCCGGACUGGACUGGCAGCGGCAUGGGGCACGUUCAAUGAUAAGACACUUUCUCAACCUCAACCGCGUGGUGCAAAUGAUGCUAGACCAGUGUCGCUACUUCCACCUACCGUUGGGCAAUAUGCCCCCGGACACAGUGCUCUUCGGAGCGGACCUUUUCUAUGCCAGGUUGCUGCAGAAGCACAACUUUGUCCUAUGGUGUUCAUCUGGCCCUCGACCGGAUUUGGGAGGACGCGAGGCGGAUGACAGUCGCUUGUUGGCAGAAUUCGAGGACAACAUUUCAAUCGUACAGAACCGGCCCGGUCUGUACCGCUCGGUUUGCGUGGAGCUUAAUGUGGAGAGUCUGGCCGUGUCGGCGCUGCUGCAAGCAAGCCGAGUGCAGGAGCUUGAGGGUACCUCGUCCGCAAUUACAUUCGACGUGAUUCCACAGGCAUCCCUGGAGGAGAUGAUCACAAGUGGUCCUGGUGGUCAGCAACUUUCUAGCUACGAUGAAACGGCGCUUUGCAGUCAAGCGUUUAGAGUGAUGCGCACCAUGGUGAACACGUGGUUGCGCGAGGUUUCCAUCAACCGCAAUGUGUUCUCCGACUUCCAGAUAAUUCAUUUCUACCGCUGGGUGCGCUCUAGCCGUGCUCUCUUGUACGACCCGGCCCUUCGGCGAGCACUUAAUACGCUGAUGCGCAAGCUGUUUCUGCAAAUUGUGGCAGAAUUUCGACGCAUGAAGGCGGACAUCAUUUAUGCCGAUUUCAACCGCAUAGUCAUCGAUACCGGCAAGCGCACGGUGGUCGAUGCAGUCAGUUACACCGAUUUCGUCGUGCAGAACAUCCGAAAUCGCGAAAUGUUCCACAGCGUAUCGCUAUCGUUUCAUCAGGCAUGGGAGUUCCUGCUGUGGAUUGAUCCAACCAACUAUGGCGGUGUGCGAGGAAAUUUGCCGAAGGAAGUGAUCACCACUGGAGAAUCUGAUCCGAACGUCGGACUGACAGAAGAAUCCGAAGAGCAGGAGGAGGAACUAGCCCUGGAGAUGAACUGGAGCAUUUCGGAGCAGUUGCCGGAGGAACGGCGAUGCCGGGAGAGCUUCGAAAGUUUCAUCGUGUCGUUCCUGCAAGCGCUGGCCGAAGGUGCGACCCCAGAGAAUGGUCUGAAAAAGUUAGCAUGCAUCGCAUAUGGAAUGGUGCAAAAAAUGCACGACGGGUACGCACGCGGUGCUGAUGGGCCAGCGCUGGAAUUCGUAAAGGCAGUCACCCGGGCUCUGAACAUAAGCAAGGACACCGAAGAGCAGGUGACCACGAUGCGUCGAAACAUGCUACUCCUGAUUGGGGUGGGUGACUUCAGCGAAAAAGCAAUUUGGAAAGAGAUGACCAAAUCGUUUGUACUAACCGAAGUCAUAUGUCAGGCGUGCAACCAUUGUCGCGAUUUGGACCUGUGCAAAGACAGUCAUCGGGCGCUCAAGGAUGGCCAGCAGCCCGUUUGGCUUUGUGCGCAAUGCAACGUCGACUAUGAUAACGUGGAGAUCGAAAUGAGGCUGCUGGAUGUGGUACAGCGUAAGCUUAUGUCCUACACGUUGCAAGACUUGCGUUGCGUCAAGUGCAAGCAAAUUAAGCGGGAAAAUCUCGCCCAGUACUGCACCUGCACCGGGAACUUUGAAAAUCUUAUUUCGAGAUCGGAACUACGGCGCCUUUUGCUUACGUUCCAAACGCUUGCCACCGAUUAUCGAAUGCAUGUACUGCAGGAAACGGUUACUCACAUUUUACAAACAUGAAACCUGCCAAAAUAAGCCUCACGGUGCACAUCGUCGAUACAUUAAAAGGUACCUCUCCCACUAGAGAUUACAGGCUUUCCAGUUUCUUUGCUAUUGUGCUUAAUAAACACUAACACAA